UCGUCUAUGUAAAGGAAGGACACACGGAUUUGUCUUCAAUCAGGUGUUUGAACCCAAUAAUAAACAGGUCACAAGGUUUAGUUUGAUUGGAGGAAGAGACAAAUUGUGGAGUAACUGAUUACAAGUGACUGGUUUCUUACUGAUUGCAAAAGCAAUGGCAGUGCAUGAGCAUCAUAUGGAUGGAAGGAGCCCAUCAUUCAACUCAAUGUUACUUCCAGAGUUGAAAGCUGCUGUGAGAAAGAAGUCACACGAGGUGAAUGGCUUGGAAGUAGAAAACAACCCAUCUAGCCAAAAAGUGCUGAUGCCAAAGCCCAGGAUGCGGGCAGUGGCUUCUACAGCUGUCAGUUCUGCAGGCAGAAAACAGAGCAGUGGAAAUGAUACCAAGAGACCUGAUAUGGUGAAGUUCAAACCAGUGCCUGCUCCUCGCAAGAAUGUGCCCAAAGUGAGACAGCGAAAGUCAAGUUCAGGUGGAGAUAACAGUAGAGAGGGAACACCCGGUGCGAUUGCCAAUGUUGUGAAAGAGAGUAGUGAGGGUUCUCUUGAUGAUAGCCCUUGGGAAGAUGAUGAGCCAGUGACACAGCAAAAAGAAAAGAGCACGUCACCGAAAAGAAGACAACACAAACCACCAUUCUUAGGGAAAAAUAGGUUUAUGAGAAAGAAGCCACCUGAAAAACCUCUUCGCAGUCCAGGAACUUUUGAUCGUGCAGCACAGCUUCAUAAAGUAACAGGGUCGGAUAAUGAAAAUGUAAAUGACGAAGAUGGCGAAAAUAUUUAUGAUGACGUUGGAGAGGUUAUCACCUUAGACAGAGAAGAGGGAGGUAAGUCAAAUGAGAAUUCAAAAGAGCAGUUAGUAGAAGUCAAGAUAGCUUUACUUCCCAAACGAAAUUGUGACGUAUACUCACCGGCAUGGUCACAAUCAAAGCAUUGUGACAGUAACCAUGCAACAAGAAAUGAUGCUCGCGUACAAAGUUGUAGAGAUAACGGGAUUGUCAAUAUGGCACAAGCCUCAUCUGAUCACUCUAAGCAAAAUACACCAAGAAUGCCUUCAAAGGAAAUUUUGUAUUGUGAGCCACUAGUUCAUGAUUCAACUCCAGUGGUUGGGGUAGAACACACAAAACAUAAAUCUCCUCCAAAGCGUCGAGUAGUUCCAAAGCCACCAGUAAAUGAUGAGGCAUCACCACGAAGGCAGAGGCCUCCUGUCCCUAUCAGGCCAAGACCUAAUGCUAGCCACUCAGCAAAACAAGUUCCUGUGGUGCCAAGAAUGCGUCAAUACCGAAGUGAUAACACAUUGGAUGUUAUAAAGCAGUCAGAAGAAACAGACGAAGGACAACAUAAUGGCGAUGCCCUUCUUUCUGUACAAUUUCGACCAAGAUCGGUAUCAUCUCAGAAUUUAUCAUUAUGUGACAAUAACAAUGACAAUGAGGAUGAGGGGACAUUAAAGAGGUGUCAGUCAUUUGAUUCAGAGAGCACUCUCACCAGUAGUCAGACAGCAGAAAGUAUGGGAACAGUUGCUCCAUUUUAUCACGAGUUGGACAUACAGCGAGAGUCAAUAUGUCCCAGUAGAGAUAGUGCAGCUGUUUAUGAUGCAGUCAGUUCGCUUGGACGAGAGUUUGUGUUACCUGAUGUUGGAUACAGAGAUGUUGGUGCACGCCGUGUUAGCACUGAUUCCAUGGGGAGUACAUUGGGACGACGUAUGCUCUGGGCUGAACAACAACAGGUUAUGGAGAGUGGUAUGCUAGAUUCUUUAUCAGAGCAAGAGAGGAAGUUGCAAGAGGCUUUAUAUGAGGUGGUAACUUCUGAAGCAAGCUAUCAUCACAGUCUGAGUAUUCUCAUUGAGAAUUUUAUGGAAGCACCCGAGCUGUCUGACAGUUUGCCUGAGGGUCGCCGUAUUUUGGACAAGCAGCAGAGGCAUGUUUUGUUUUCCAACCUUGCUGCUGUGUGGGAAGUUGCAACACAAUUCCAUGAAGCUCUUCAAAAACGGUUGCAGCAAAGUGUAAAAAUUGACACUGUGUGUGACAUCAUUCAAGACUUUGCUGUCAAUCGUUUUGAUGUCUACGUGAAGUAUUGUUCUAAUCAACUGUUCCAGAACAGAUUGCUGAAUGAGUUGAAUUCAACUAAUCCUGAGUUUGCUGAAGUAGUGAGACGGCUGGAGUCUAAUUCAGUGGCACAAAGCUUACUUUUCAGCUCAUUUCUUAUCCUUCCUGUUCAGCGCAUUACUCGAUUAGCAUUACUGAUUUUGGCUAUUCUUGACAGAACUCCUGCAGACAGUCCAAGUCACAAGCUAGCUACAGAUGCAUUAACAUCUGUUCAAAAUGUUGUUGACAGGUGCAACGAGGGUGCUCGAUCAAUGGAGAGAACAGAGCAAAUGAUUGCACUAAGCAAGCUAGUUCGAUUUGACAAGCUGAAGGGCCUGCCACUAAUCUCACCUAAACGUUGGUUGCUGAAACGAGGUCCUGUAACGCAGUUGAUUACAGAAAAGAUGCUAACACGUGUAAAGAUCAACAAACAGACUUUGCACAUAUUUGUAUUCACUGACUUGAUUUUGGUGACAAAACAGAAACGACAUCUGACCGAAGAGUGGUUUUCCACAAUCGAUUACGGAUUUAGGCCAUUCUUGCAGCUGGAAGAUGUUGAAGAUCCUCCAUAUACAUCAUCAGCAGGCAAACAUGCAACUGAUGGUUACGCAUUGGCGUCAUCUGGUUGUCGUAAUGCUUUCAAGCUAGUACUGUUGGAAAAUGCUCACAAAAAGACUGCAUCUUACUUUCUGAGCGUUGACACUGAAACGGAUAAAGCACGUUGGAUGGAUGCAAUUCAGCCACCCUUAAUAGAGCACAAUGGCAGCGAAGAAGUUGUAUAUACACAGUUUGACUGCCCUCAGGUUCAAGCUACUUACAAUUAUUCUUCACAGCAAGCUGACGAACUGGAUCUUACAGCUGGUGAUGUGAUGAAAGUUAUUCGGAAAAUGCCAGACGGGUGGUAUGAAGGGGAGAGAUUGCGAGAUGGGGAAGUAGGUUGGUUUCCAUCAACUUACGUAACAGAGAUUGAGAGUGAGCAUAAUCGUGCCCGUAAUCUCAAACAACGAUACCAGCUUAUUCGUGCUACUGAACAUCUUCUUCCUCAUUCUGCUGUACUUCGUAAGACCAGGUCAAGGCUAUCAGAGCUGUUUGGAUGAUGCAGAUAGACUGUUAUAUCAUCUAUGCAUAUUAUCUAUAUCUAGUUUAUGGGAUGUUCUUCAGAAUUUUGAAGUGCAAAUCUAAUGAGAUAUUUGUUAAAUU